AUGUCUUCUCUCGUACUCGCCUGCCUUAUUUUCGAUGACCCUAUUGAGAACACCUUUACGAUAGAUAUUAACAAGAAUAAACAGAUUAGUCACCUAAAGGACGCUAUUAAAGAAAAGAUUGAACAUCGUUUUGAAAAAAUUGACGCAAAUGAUCUUGAAUUAUGGAAGGUUAAUAUCUCUACUAGCGAUAAGUCAAAAUUUGAGCAACUCAAAACUAACACAUCGCACGAGUUGAUACUUAAAAAUGUGUUGGGAGGUGAGAUGAUAACAGAUGUAGAGAAAAAUAUCAAGAAAGUUUUUAAUAAUUUACCUAAGGAAGAACAUAUUAACAUAAUCGUCAAACCACCUGCGCAUAUACCUAAAUUGGAUCAUGCUGAAGCUACGGAGGACGUUAAGUGUCCUCACUGUCAGGCCACUUUCAAAUCUAAGAACCGAAACUACAAAAAGCAUAAAUCAACAUGCAAACCCAACGUUACUUUGGGUGUAGACAUGGGAAAUGGACUUAUCGGUAUACCUUCAGAAAAUGUUAUUCCUUGGGUUUCUUCAGUAUCGGACAAGGACCUAUCGCAAUCAGAAUCUCUAUGCAGAGAGCUAGCAAUCUCAUUUUCUCGCAGUAAUGAUAUCAGCCAUAAUCGCAAAGAGAUUGACAGAUUAAUGUUAAGUGCAUUUGGUCGCACGGUCAGUGAAGCUUUUAGUCGCAAUAUCUGCGUUGUUUGCGGAGUUCGACCUGAACGAUUUCACAAUGAAGCUAGUCGCCAAGAAUAUGAAAAAAUUAGUGGUAUUUGCCCAGCUUGUUGGGAAACAGAAACUCUUCCACCUGAUGAUACUAUAGAACAAAUUAAGCGUUCUCAACAGAUUCUUCUUAGUUACGGUCGUGAGUUUAUCUUAUGUCAACAACUUCCUCAUGCAUGGAAGUGCCUUCGCUGCCAAAAGGUUAUUCAAGGAAAAGAACGCCUGACACAUGCUGUGAAAUGUAGGGAGGGUGUUUAA